AUGGAAUGUCCGAAUGCUAUCCCAGCUGACUUAGUAUAAGUCAUUGAGGAAUUUAGCAGGGAUAGGCCAUCAAAUUUUCAACAAGUUAUCAGUUUCUUAAAGACUACCAUCCCCUCUUUUAGUGCCCACUCUGAUGUUGUGAGAAUUGGCUUCGCCUUUUACAGUGAGGAACCUCGACUUGAGUUUUCGCUGGAUACAUUUCAGAAUCCAGUCCAAAUCUUGGAGCGUUUGGACAAAUUAACCUACCGAGGAAGAAGAGAAAGGCCCAUGACUGGUGUUGCUUUGGAUUUCCUAAGGAACAAGGUCUUCACUCAGGAGAAGGGCAGCUGCUCCAAGCAAGGCGUGGAACAGAUAGCCGUGCUCAUCAUGGAAGAUGUCCCGCAGGACCGUGUGUCCAGGCUGGCUUCUCUCAUGCACAGGGCAGGGGUAAUUAUUGCAGUGGGCACUCAGAUGGCCUCAGAGAGAACAGACCUGGAGAAGAUGGCAUUGUAUCCUCCUUGGAAGCAUGUCAUCUCCCUGGAAUCACUUUUGCAACUCUCCAUUGUGGGGAGCUGUGUGUACAUUGAGAAGGUAGAUAUUUACUUCCUUAUUGAUGGAUCUGACAGCAUCAACCAAUAAGUUUUUCUGGAAAUGAAGGUGUUCAUGAAGGAGAUGAGAAAGAUGUUCCAUAUUGGGCCUGACAGAGUGCAGUUUGGAGUCACUCAGUACUCAGACAGAAUUAAUAGUCAGUUCAUCCUAAGUCAGCAUUCGAGUGUGGCAAGGCUGAAGGAAGCCAUUGAUGGCAUCCAGCAGAUAAGAGGUGGCACCAUGACAGGUCAGGCCUUGAGUGACAUGGCUUAGGUAUUUGCAGACCAGGCUCGCAGCCAUGGGCCUUGGUAUCUCAUAGUCAUCACUGACGCUACGUCCGCAGACCCAGUGGCAGAGGCACUGAGGGAACAUGGGCUUAUCAUUUAUGCUAUUGGAGUCAGAGAUGCUGAUAUUACUGAGCUUCAGCAGAUCACUAAAGACAAGAUGUUUUUCGUGCAUGAGUUUGAUUCCUUGGAGGCCAUCCAGCAAGAAGUGAUACAGGAUAUCUGCUCCACAGAGACUUAUAAGAAUAGGAAAGCUGACAUUAUCUUCCUGAUAGAUAGUUCAGAAUCCAUCUCCCCAAAAGGCUUUGAAAAAAUGAAGGGAUUCAUGAAGAGGAUGGUGAACCAGUCCAGUAUUAGUAUCAGUGAAAUUCAGAUUGGCCUUUUGCAGUUCAGCUCAACCCCCAAAGAGGAAUUCAGGCUCAACCAAUACUUCUCAAAGGUGGACACAAACAGAGCCAUCACAAACGUCCAGCAGAUGAAUGGCGGCACACACACCGGGAAAGCCCUGACCUUCACUCUGCCUUGUUUUGACGGUUCAAGGGGAAGGGGACCCAGUGUCCAUCAGUAUUUGAUUGUGAUCACUGAUGGGGUCGCCCAGGAUAAUGCAGCCAUACCAGCCAAGGCUGUCAGAGGCAGAAACAUAAUACUUUUUGCUAUUGGGGUGGGACAAGCCAAAAACUCUCAGCUUUUGGAGAUUACUAAUGACCAGCACAAAGUUUAUUAUGAAGAAAAAUUUGAAUCUCUGCAGAACCUGGAGAAGGAAAUUCUUUAUAAGGUUUGCAUUCUACAAGGAUGCAACACAGAUUUGUCUGUAGGAAUUGAUAUCUCCACUCCCACGAGGCAAGUUCUGCAGAAGCUUCAAGCGUUGCUGCCAGAGCUGAUGCGGCGGUUGGCUUCGCUCUCCAAUAUCAGCUGCAGUGGCCCCGGUCCAAUCAGCACAAUGUUCCGCCACUUGGUUCCUGGUUCAAAUGGCCAGCUUAUCUUUGACUCCGGCUUUGAAAAGUACAGUGAGGAGGUUAUUCAGAAACUCCUGAUUCAUCAGACUGUCCAGAGAGGCCAUAUGGAUACGGAAUUUUUGCGGUUCCUGGGAGCUAAUGCUGUGGGUCUCUUUUCUGCUGAAGUGAAGGUCCUUUUAGUAUUUAUAGACGGACUGGAUGACUGUUUAGAGAGACUGAAGGAAAUAUCUGAGCUUCUCUGCAGCAAAGGAUUCUCUGGACUCCUCAUUAUUGGCCUGGAAGGUGUGCAUAAAUUAGAAGAGUUCCAGGAGCUAGAAUUUGGCAGAGGAUUUGCAUAUAAUCAGCCUCUGAGCACCACACUGCGAUCCCUCCCAAACAUCUUACUGAAGCAACUUGACACAGUUGCAGAAAGAACAUGCUGCAAUAGAUAUGCAGAAUGCUUUGGAGAAGGUGGGCACAGAGGUGAUGGUGGGCACUUCAGGAGGAAGUUGCAUGUAAACUUGAGAAAUAAAGAAUUUAGAAUCCACAUUAUUUGUUUUGACUCCUUCCCAGGAGAGAAGGGUUUUGAUGGAGUACCUGAUCAUCCUGGUGAACAAGGAGACCAUGGAGAAAGAGGCCCCCAGGGUCCUCCUGGGCUCUAAGGUGAGGACAGAUGCCCAGGUGUGAGGGGACCUGAGUUGAGAGUGGCCUUGAGCUGUAGGAUCCUUUAUCUAGCUCUGCUUUAUCCCUUGAGAAUGAGGAAGAUGUUACGUCUUCAUCAUUGCAAUGGCAUUUUUUCCUUUUGGGGCAGAGGAUUUUCAGGAGAAAAGGGAAACCCCAGUGAUGAAGGUAUUGAUGGUUUGGAUGGAGAACAGGAUAAUCAUGGAGUCCCAGGGUCAUCUGGAGAAAAAGGACAUGGGGGAAAUCGGGGCUUGACUGGGUCGCCCGGACCGCCUGGAGAGCGUGGGGAGCCUGGGCCCAGGGGAGACCCUGGGCAUCCUGGAAUGGAUAGUUACAUCCAGGGCCUUAAGGGAGAAAAAGGAAGGCAUGGCCAUCAGGUAAGAUGCCCUCUGUUCUUUUGGCAAUACUGGGACACAUGGGAAGGUGCUAACUGGUGCAGAGGCUUAGGCAUUGGUUUGGAUCAGCAUAGAAAAUCAGAGCGCAAACCUAUGGGACCCCAUUUCCAUGCAGACAGGAGCUCUGAAUGCGGGAGAGAGGCUCACAGCCCCAGGGGCCAGGGCCGGAGCCGCCACCCUGGCUCGGGAUGCGGGCAUGCGCGCCGGGCGCCCGGGACGCCGCAGAGCAGCGCCUGCGGAGGGCGCCGUGACGAGCGCGACCGGGAUGCGCCGGGGCGCCUUCACCAGGGGCGGAGAGGAAGGCGAGGACCCCCAGGACCUUCUGGACAAAAAGGCUUACCUGGUGCCCAGGGGAAUCCUGGGCCUCCAGGGCCAGUUGAUGCAAAAGGAAAACCUGGACUUAGUGGAAAGAAGACUCAUAGGAGAAAGUUAAUUGCAUGCCUCCCUGUAUUAUGCAAGGGAGGGUGCGGUGAUGCGGGAGGAGGAGGCCCGCGGGGCCGGUGGGGGCCAAGAGGACCACCUGGUCUUUCUGGUCCAGAUGGAUAUGGACAUCCAGGACAAAAAGGAAAAAUGUUUCCAACUGAGGUGGUCUUCACCUUGGACAUGUCAAAUGAUGUCUCCUAGUUGGAUUUUGAGAGGAUGAGAGACAUUUUAUUGUCUCUGUUGAUGAAGAUGGACAUAAGCAGGAGUAACUGUCCAGUGGGUGCCCGAGUCACCAACAUUUCGUACGACACCAAAACAGAUUACCUGAUUCACUUCUCAGACCAUAAGGGGAAGCCUUCACUCCAGCAGGGCAUCAGGAAUAUCCCCCUGGAAGAGUCAUCUGGCAGCAGGAAUCUUGGGGAUGCCAUGAGGUUCGUGGCAAGACAUAUGUUCAAACAUGCGCGCUUGGGCCUUGUCAGGAGGAAAGUGGCUGUGUUCUUCCUGGCGGGCUGGGCCCGUGAUGCAGAAGCCGUCGGCACGGAUACACUGGGGCUCCAUGUGCUGGACAUCACCCCCAUGGCUGUCAGCUUCACCGAGGAGCACAACCUCCCAGAGGCCCUGCUGAUGGAUGGAACCAGCAGCUUUCUGGUGUUUGUUUGGGAGCCGGGGCACCAGCAGGAUGUGGAGCACCUGGCCCACUGCACCCUCUGCCAUGGUCCAGAGUGCGUCCUGCAGGUGAAGUCAAAUGGGGGCCCACUUGUUCCCUCCACUUGGUCCACAGAGACCCACCACUGCCACAGACCCUUGCCGCCCGGGCCCCCGGCGGUGGACGCGGACGUGGCCUUCGUGGUGGACGGCUGCCUGGACGCCCUGAGGCUCGUGGACGUGGCGCUCGGCGACCUGGAGGGGGCGGCGCGGUCCCGCUCGUCCUCCCGCGGGCGCACGGCCCUGGUGUCGCACACCACUCCAGGUCCCGGCUGGGCGCAGGGUGCCCCCGGUGCUCGAGACCCCCGCCUGGCCUCGUUCGGCCUUAGCGCGCAGAUGCAGAGGCGAGGCCGCGGGCCGCCCGCAGCAGGGAGCCCCCGCGCUGGGCACGCCCUGGAGCGGACGCUGGCCCGGGGGCUCUUGGCCGCUCCGCGGCCGGAGAGGGCGCUCUUCGCCAUCGUGGCCGGCGAGACCAGCAGCUGGGACCGGGAGAAGCUACGGGCUGUGUCUCUGGAAGCCAAGUGCCAGGGUAUCACGCUGUUCGUGCUGGCUGGGCCGGGCGUGGGGGCCCGCGAGCCCGCCGAGUUGGCCCACGGGGCCAGCACGCCCCCAGAGAAGCAUCUGCUGCGCCUGGAAGGGGUCUCAGACGCCGACGUGGCCUACGCCCGGGCAUCCGCGGCCUUCCUGAAUCUCCUAAGAAGUGGAACAAACCAGUACCCACCCCAAGAGCUCAUUGGAGACCCAAAGCGAGGGGAUACUCUGCUGUGAUCAGCUGUGCCUGUCCAGAGGUAGGCCAAGGUUGUCUCACAGCCCUGCCCCUGCAGGACACUGUCUCCCUAAAGAAAGUUUACAGGCAAUGCCAGUCUUUGACCUGACCCAAACCACUGGGGCUAGGAUGCUCCUGUGUUUGGAAAACUGGUGUGGUUUCAUAUUUUUUUAAUGAUAAGAGUAAUACAGGACUAAUGGAAAGAAUCAAAGAGCAUGUAAGUAUAUAAAAGCAAGAAAUGGAAACUUUCCAUUUCAUCCCCUAAUCACAUGUCCCAGAUGGAAAAUGGAUAAUGCUAAACACAUUAUUGUGAUGUUUGUCCAAACGCUUCUGCACACCUAGGAAAAGCAGCAGGCUGUGCCCAAGCAUCAAGCUUACAGAAUUCAGCAGUGUCAUUGGGGGUACAGCCUCUCCGUCCCUGUGGUUUGGUUAUGCUGCUGACCUCAUUGCUCCCAUACAGGUUGCCCGAGGGCCAGUUUGGCAUAUCUGGCUUUGCUGAUGAUUUGGAAGCACUUGGAGUAGCGGAUUCUUUCCUAGGGGAGAGUAGAAAAGCCACAAUAACAUAUGUAACUCAGCAAUGAA